GCCAAUAACAAAUCAGUUUGUUGAACGGGCGCUAAAUCUGUUGUUUGACUCUGUCAUACUCCAGGAGAGAGCAUGCGUAGCGACAAAAAACUAAUGGCUAAAAUUGUCCAAGUGUAAUGAAACUUGAUGAAAUUCAGUCUUGCGGCGAGACAAACUCUGUGCGAGCUCCCGGUCCCUCGUGUCAUCCCGCGUCACGAGCAAUGCUGAAGAAAGUGGCCGCCACUUCGUGAUCUGAACUCGGACUGCUAGGCUGCUAAUACUCGUUAGCACAGCUUCGUUAUCAACAAUGUCUGCUCUUCCACAAAAUAACUUGAAGGAACAGCUGGCGAGGCACAGCAAUGCGGCUCAAAGCAAGUUGUCUCUGGCUAAACCCAAACCUGGGGCUUUUUCUUUCAAAAAGAAGUCCUCAUCAGGGACAACCAAGGUGGAAGUCCCGACCAAGGUAAUCAGCUCUCAUGUUUUGGCAAACAGGAAUGUCAAUGUCCCUAAGAGCAGUUUGGUGACUGAAUCUCCUUUGACAUUUUCAAAUAAGCUUGAGAGACCUCAAAAAUCCAAAAUCAACGCCUUCUUCCCUGUAAGUUCAAAAGGCAAGUCGGACUCCAUCAGCCCAAUACCUAACUGUGCUCCUGCAGGACCGACUCUUUCGGCAGUGUCUGCUCUUAAGGUGACUACAGCUCCUUGUGAGUCUGAUAACCAGUUACUUAAUGGCACAGGAGGCAAUUACACAAGUCUGGAUGCAUCUCUUGGAUUCCCAAUGGACGACUGGGAUGAUUUUGAUGACUUUGAAACUCCUGCCAAAGCAAAGAAUGACUCAUUCAGUUCACAGAUAUCAGGAAAGAGCACCAAUCCAGUAUCAUCUCCUAGUGAAGGAAAAACACCCUUCACAGGGAAACUAAACCGCGUUGCACCUCUUAUGACUCCAGAGUCAAGUGACAGCUUUGCUAACAGGAAUGGCCUUUCCAGAAGUGUUCAGUCGUGUAUGGAAACAGAUGGACUAGAGAACAAAGUUAAGGAAAAUGCACUUUCACCAGGACCUAGUUUGAAUCAGGGCCCAAGAGAAUGUGAACUUGAGGACUCUCCAGUGAAAAUGACAAGAAGACGUCCUCCUGCUCAUCUCAAGUCCAUUAUGAGUGAUAGUGAAGAGGACAACAAUGUUGAGCCUGAGUCUUUUAAAGGAAAGAAAGACAGUGUGAAAAAAUGGAUUGACCCAAAGAUAAUAGAGCUUGAUGACAACUCAGAGACUGAAGAUGACCUUGAUUACGUUCCACCAUCUCCAAUCCCUGAUGAGAUCUCAUUUGCAUUGGAGACAAGAUCUAAAACAGCUGCUACUGAAAGGAAAGACAGUGUGCAAUUUAAGGGACCCAGUACAACUACACUACAUGAACGCUCUGAUCACUACUCAGAAGACAAAACAAACGAGCAACUCAUCAGUAUCAUGGAGUCCAUUUGUGCUCUGGUUGAUUCAAUCCCCGAACAUGAACUAAUAGCCCUGUCCUGUGGAAAUGAGCUUUUGCUGAAGAGGGCUCAAAGGAAGAGGAUUCUUGCGACUGGUGGUAGUGGUGGUGGUUUACUGAGAAUUGAGCAGCCAGACAGCACCGUGAUUUCUGAACCCAGCUUUAAAGAAAAAUCGUCUUUUAGCUGUGAUACAUCCAGCGUUAUGUCCUCCAUCUGCCCAGUGCCCGUGGACAGCAAGAAGCCUCCUCCGAUGAUGAGAUCUUCAGUCAUCUCGGGGGAUUAUGACUCUGAUCACUUUGACAGUAUAGUUGAUGUGAAGCCCAUGCACACUAAGCACAGCGGGACAAUACAUGUGGAAAAUGAGACUAUUUGUGACUCUCAAUCAGCCCACAGCCUAACAAAUCCAUAUUUUAAUUUCUCAAAGAAAACAAGCACAGACCUGGAUGGUUCUGAUCUCUUCUUUUCACCCAAGAAGCCAGAGACCGUCGUUCAGAACAAAUCUAAAACCUCAGCAGCAGAAGACAUAGAACCCGAUGACUUUUAUGAUGACGACUUUGACAUAGAUGACUUAAAUGACUCUGAUAUCCCUGAUUAUUAUGACGAACCCCCACCUUUGUUAGUGUCGCAACAAAACUGCAGUAAAGUAACUACAACAGUGAAAGAGGGGGGACCAAGCAAGUCUACGUGGGACAAAAAACCAACAACACCUACACCUGCACCCAAGCCUUCCAAGAUCUGCUCUCCCGAACCCACCUUCAGAAACCCAGCUCAUGAUCGCUUCAGAGGGUUCAACUUCCCCCACUCACAGGAGAUGAUGAAGAUCUUUCACAAGCGUUUUGGUCUUCAUCAAUUCAGACUCAAUCAACUGGAAGCAAUUAACGCAACGCUUCUGGGAGAGGACACGUUCGUUUUGAUGCCCACGGGUGGGGGUAAAAGCUUGUGUUAUCAGCUGCCUGCCUGUGUGUCACCAGGAGUCACUGUGGUCAUCUCCCCACUCAAAUCACUCAUUGUGGACCAGGUUCAGAAACUCACUACACUGGAUAUUCCAGCUACAAGCCUGUCUGGUGGUAAAAGUGACAGUGAAGCAGCGAGGAUCUAUAUGCAGCUCUCCAGGAAAGAGCCCAUCAUUAAACUGCUUUAUGUCACUCCUGAAAAGGUGAGUGCAAGUAACAAGCUGAUCUCAGCCCUGCAGAACCUGUACGAGCGAGACCUUUUGGCCCGGUUUGUCAUAGAUGAGGCCCACUGUGUCAGUCAGUGGGGCCACGAUUUCCGUCCAGACUACAAGAGGUUGCACGAACUGCGUCAGAAGUUCCCCAAAGUGGCGAUGAUGGCCCUGACAGCCACUGCCACCCCCCGCGUUCAGAAAGACAUCCUCCACCAGCUGAAUAUGACUCGGCCGCAGGUGUUUAACAUGAGCUUCAACAGAGCAAACCUGAAGUACGCUGUGCUGCCCAAGAAACCCAAAAAGGUUGACGAGGACUGCAUCAGCUGGAUCAAGAAGCACUACCCACGUGACUCUGGCAUUGUUUACUGCCUGUCCCGUAAUGACUGCGAUGCCAUGGCUGAGAGUCUGCAGAGAGCAGGGAUAUUAGCCCUGUCGUACCAUGCAGGCCUGAGCGACGGCGACAGAGAAUAUGUGCAGAGCAAGUGGAUCAAUCAGGACGGCUGCCAGGUCAUCUGUGCCACUAUAGCCUUUGGCAUGGGCAUCGACAAGCCGGAUGUGCGCUAUGUGAUCCACGCCAGUCUGCCGAAGUCAGUGGAGGGUUAUUACCAGGAGUCUGGGAGAGCUGGCAGAGAUGGAGAAAUCUCUCACUGUAUUCUCUUCUACUCCUAUGCCGACGUCCACCGCAUCAAGAGGAUCAUCACCAUGGACAGAGAAGGAGACAGACACUCUAAGGCGACUCACUUCAACAACCUACACAGCAUGGUGCACUUCUGUGAGAACACAAUGGAGUGCAGAAGAAUUCAGCUUCUCGCUUAUUUUGGAGAGAUGAAAUUCAACAAAAGCUUCUGUAAGGAGCACUCGGACGUCAGCUGUGACAACUGCGCCAGACCCAACCAAUACAAGAUGAGAAACGUUACCGAAGAUGUGAAGAAGAUUGUGAGGUUUGUCCAGGAGAACUGCGAAAAAGUCGGAGCACGGUUUGGCAAGACGGCUCAGCAGAACAGACUGACGCUGAAUAUGCUGGUGGAUAUCUUUAUAGGGUCUAAAUCUGCCAAGGUACAGACAGGAAUGUAUGGCUUAGGAGGAGCAUAUUCUAGGCACAAUGCUGAUCGUCUCUUUAAAAGGCUGGUUUUGGACAACAUCCUGGUGGAGGAUCUCUACAUCACUAACAACGGCCAAGCUGUGUCUUAUAUCUCUGCUGGACCCAAAUCCAUGAAUGUGCUGUCUGGACACAUGCAGGUGGACUUCUACGAGACAGAGAGCGCGUCUAGCACCAGGAAACACAAAGCGACUGUGGCCAAGAACGUCUCCCAGAGAGAGGAGAUGGUUCAGAAGUGUCUGAAGGAGCUGACGGACCUGUGCAAGCAGCUGGGGAAAGCAUUUGGCAUUCACUAUUACAACAUCUUCUCCACGGCAACCUUGAAAAAGAUAGCUGAGAAGCUUUCCUCUGACCCGGAAGUCCUGCUGCAAAUUGAUGGUGUGACAGAAGACAAACUGGACAAGUAUGGAGCUGAAGUCAUUAAGGUCUUACAGAAAUACUCUGAGUGGCAGCUGCCUGCAGAGGAACAGACUGACAAUGGCGGAGACGGUUGGAUAGACACAACAGUAGGCCGCGCACGAAUAGACUACGAGGACGAGGACGACACGGAGUCCUCCACUUACUUCCGCAAUCAGACCACACAGGGCCAGAAGAGAAAGAAAGCUCCUUUCUUCAAGUAUUCCAAAAAGAGAAAAGGAUAUGGCAACGCAAGUUCCAACUCUAAAGGUCGUGGCUACAGCAACAAGUCGUGGUCAUCAUCUAGCUCAACAGGUGGAUCAAAAGCCGGAGGCCGCGGGUCCAGGACCUCGACGGGAGAUGCAUCGGCAGGCAGGAGGCCGGGCUUCCUCAGCAUCCCGACGCCUCAGACCAACCACAGACCUUUCUUAAAGCCAGCUUUUUCACACCUGGGUUAGGGCUGUCGUUUGGAUCUGACUUUCCAGGAUAGCAAACAACUUUUUCACUACAUUUUUAAACCAGGUGUGGUUAGCAAUAUUUUAUGUGUGUUCUGUACAGUUAUUAUCACGGUGUCUGUCCAGAUUGAAAUAUUGAUUGUUUGGUUUCAAAAUGUUUUUUCACUGUCCAUGUGCAUAUUACUUUUUUUAUAUUAAAGAGAAAUUCUAUCAUGAUUA